AUGUGCGAUGAAAAACAAAAUUGUGAUCAAGUUAAAGAUGAUCAAUCGGAUACCAGAUUAUCAUUGUUGGAUCUUCCAAUCGAGAUAUUUCUCCACAUCUGCUCCUUCCUAGAUGCAUCUACCUUAGUACGUGGCUUGAGCUUAGUGUGUAAACAAUUUCAUGAGAUUUUAAAUGAUGGUUCACUAUGGAAAGUCAGAAUUAGCCACAUGUAUCCACAUACAGAUUUUCCAAUUUUGCCUCCUGCUGAUGAUGAUGAACUGUUUUGGAAGUUAUCAUGCGUUGCAUUAGAAAAACAAGCUUCAUUGUGGAGGAAAGAUGAUUCUAUGGAGAAAGUGUCACUUUACAAUGCACAAUACAGUACCAUUGAUGGUCUACUAUUAAUGCAGGAUGGAAAUGUUUGUAUAUCUGGAGCAAGAGACAGGACAUUAGUAUGCUGGAAGCUUCCCACGAAAGACAAUGAAAAAGAGAAUGUUACACGUAUAAAUAAUGCUCAUAAUGGAUGGAUCUGGGACUUAACAUCUAUAGAUGAUACAGUUUACAGUUGCAGCUGGGAUCAAACUGUUAAAGCAUGGGGACUUACCGACUGUGGUCUUGUUCACAUCAGAACUUACGAGAAAUUCGUUCCCGGUUCUCUGUUAUGUAUCACGUCAUAUCUUAAUUUACCCCUGUUUGCUACGGGAUCGUUUUGUAGAACUGUAUCGGUAUUUGAUACAAGAUUAAAUUCCAAUCUUAUUGCAAAAUACGUGCCGCAUAGAAGAGCUGUUAUUAAACUGGCCAUGAACUCGGAGUUUAUUCUAUCUGCUAGCGAAGACGGAACAGUGUCCAUAUGGGAUCAGAGAGCAGGAAAGAUUAUGAAAAAUGUUACUAUUUCACAAGAAUCAUUCCCCCAGAGUAUAUGUAUGCAGAGAGAUAUAGUGUAUGUAGGAGAUAAUGGUGCAAAGUUACACAUAUUAGAUCCAAAACAAGAUUUUGAAGUAGUUAAAUGUUUCUCUACUAAACAUAAAAAAGGUAUAAAUGGUAUACGUGUUGCACCAGGAUGUUUGAUCACAAGUUCCACAGACGAGACAGUUAGAAUAUCCAGUCCUACAGAUCCUCCACAACUCCUUGACACCUUGGAAUCUAGUUAUGGCGAAAUAGCUGGUAUCGACUAUUCGAACAAUGUUUUGGCUUAUUCUGGUACAGAUGGGAUCGAAAUUUGGAGACCGAAGUGA